AUGUCGAAUAAAAGCCGUCGGCUGGGAAGUUGGCUGCCCGGGGGCAGCGGGGGGCCUUGGGCGCACGCUGACAGCAAUGAUGACAUCGAAGAUGUGUCUCUCUUUGAUGCAGAUGACGAUGUGUCCCGGAGAUCCAAAAAGUCAAAAAUCAGGCAUCCAGUGGCGUCAUUUUUCCACUUAUUCUUCCGAGUCAGUGCCAUAGUUGUCUAUCUGCUCUGUGAGCUCUUAACUAGCAGCUUUAUUGCCUGCAUGGUGACAAUUAUCCUCCUCUUGUCAUGUGACUUUUGGGCUGUAAAGAAUGUCACAGGGCGACUGAUGGUUGGCCUUCGCUGGUGGAACCAGGUGGAUGAUGAUGGUAGAAGUCACUGGGUGUUUGAAGCCAGGAAGGUAUCAGCACAAGGGAGUAAAACCUCGUCAGAAGCAGAGUCUCGGAUUUUCUGGUUAGGUCUAAUUACCUGCCCUAUGAUCUGGGUGAUAUUUGCUUUCAGCGCCCUCUUUUCUUUCAAAGUGAAGUGGCUGGCAGUGGUCGUGAUGGGAGUGGUGCUUCAGGGAGCCAACCUUUAUGGUUACAUCAGGUGUAAAGUUGGCAGUAGAAAGAACUUGACAAGCAUGGCGACCAGCUAUCUUGGGAAGCAGUUCUUGCGGCAGACCGUGGCUAAAGAGGACCAAACAGCAUCCUGA